AUGCAUAACAACGGAGCUGAAAGUGAGCUUAGCUUCUCUAUUGCUAAUAUCCUCAAAGUCGAAAGACCUGCAAAUGGCUGCUUUAAGCCAGAACAGACUGCCAGCGGUGCUCAGGACUCAGAAACUCCGAAAAAAGGAGACCAACUUAAAAAUUCCGUGUACAACAGUCUACCUUGGCUCGCCUAUACACGUUACUGUCCACCCAAAAUCCCAAGUAAGUAAAGUUGCUAAAUGUAUUAACCUUUAAGACGGGUGAUUCUUUAAGGACUGCAAAUGAACUGAGAAACGUUAGUUGUUUAGCACCUUGUUUAACUUCAGCGAGAACAAAAAUUGUUUUUGAGGUUUGCAUGGCAUAAGGGGCAGAGUGGUUGACCGUUACCCAUUUCAGUCCUUUCUUGACGUUUUAGAGAUGAGUCGCAAUUUAAUCUAGCUUUGGACAUAGCACCAGUUCUGGUUUGAUGUUGGAUGAAAAGUCUGAUGAGAUAAGCGAGUGCUAGAGAAGGAAGCAAAGGGCACACACGAGUUUUGUUGAAAUAACUGGCAAAAUUUAGUUCAAGAUAAUAGAAUAUCACCGUUUUGUAACGAAUCAGGCAUUAAAGAGAAAGGGUCAAGACGAAAUGUUUACAAAUUUCUCUCAGGGUCAAGGAAUCGAAAAAUGGUGAAUAGACGGAGGAUAAGUGGCACUCCAAGAGUUCCUUUCUCAACGGAGCAACUGAUGAAGUUAGAGAAAAGUUACGAGGAGACACAGUACGUGUCAUCAGCCCAAGUUACACAACUAUCAGCCAUGUUAAAGCUUCCAGAACACCGGAUAAAGAUUUGGUUCCAGAACCGCCGUGCGCGAGAGAAAAAGAGAGCGAAAAAGAAGACUGAACGCAUAGCCCCAAGCAAGACCAUUGACAAAGUUGUGGCCAACGACAAGCCACAAGACCGCGUACCAUACCCAGCACAUGUUAAUAGCUUUGAACAAUGUAGCGGGAGAAAAGACAAAUUUUCAACCCAUUUCGCGUUUCAUCAUUUUAACCGCGCCAAUAUGAAUAAUAAAGAAUGGUGCGCCAGGUUAACGUUGCCGCCGAUCCAUAUAUUUAAUCAUUUUGAUUAUAAUAUUUACAGUGGCCUGACAAUUCAUGUUUAA